AUGCCGCUCUCUGCUGCAACCAGGACGGGGCUGAGGGUGGCUCAGACAGGCUUUGUGGUCCUGCUGGUGGUGCAGAGCUGUGCUGCCUACAAGCUGGUCUGCUACUACACCAGCUGGUCCCAGUACCGAGAGGGCGCCGCGAGCUGCUUCCCGGACGCCAUAGACCCGUUCCUCUGCACCCACGUCAUCUACAGCUUCGCCAACGUCAGCAACGACGAGAUCGACACCUGGGAGUGGAACGACGUGACGCUGUACGACACGCUGAACGCGCUCAAGACCAGGAACCCCAACCUGAAGACCCUCUUGUCCGUGGGAGGAUGGAGCUUCGGUUCUGAAAGAUUUUCCAAAAUAGCCUCCAACGCCCAGAGUCGCAGGACGUUCAUCAAGUCGGUGCCUCCGUUCCUCCGGGCCCACGGCUUCGACGGGCUGGACCUGGCCUGGCUCUACCCAGGCCGAAGGGACAAGCGGCAUCUCACCUCUCUGGUCAAGGAAAUGAAGGCCGAGUUUGUAAAGGAAGCCCAGAAGGAAUCUCAGCCGCUGCUCCUGAGUGCCGCGGUGUCCGCCGGGAAGGUGGCCCUGGACAGAGGCUACGACAUGGCCCAGCUGGCCCAGCACCUGGACUUCAUCGGCCUCAUGACCUACGACUUCCACGGGGCCUGGCGCCAGAGCACGGGACACCACAGCCCCCUGUUCCGAGGCGGGGAGGUGGCCAGUUCUGACAGAUACAGCAACGUUGACUACGCCGUGAGCUACGUGCUCAGGCUGGGAGUCCCGGCCGAGAAGCUGCUCAUGGGCAUCCCCACCUUCGGAAGGAGCUUCACGCUGGCCUCUGCUCAGAUCGGCGUGGGCGCCCCCUGCUCGGGGCCCGGGCUGCCCGGCCAGUUCACCAAGGAGGACGGGACCCUGGCUUACUAUGAGAUCUGCGGCUUCCUCCGUGGAGCCACCGUGCACCAGCUCCUUGACCAGCGGGUGCCCUACGCCACCAAGGGCAACCAGUGGGUGGGGUACGAUGACCGGGAGAGCGUCAGAACCAAGGUGCAGUACCUGAAGAGCCGGCGGCUGGCCGGCGCCAUGGUGUGGGCCCUGGACCUGGACGACUUCCGGGGCACCUUCUGCAGCCAGAACCAGCCGUUCCCUCUCACCAGCGCCGUCAAGGAAGCCCUGGCCGCCGCCUAG